GACAUGCAAUAACAUUUCAAAAAACUUAUUAUCAUUCAUUUUCCAUCAACAAGUUCGGUCUUUUCUCUCCUGCAUUCUUCUUUCUCCGUUUCCUUCUUCUCAUCGAUUUCUAAAAUUAUUUUCAUGCAAUUUCUGGAAACCCGUAAAUCGAUAUGAUUACAUGAAGAUCAUCUUAUUCCACGAAUGACUGCUGGAAUCAAUGGACCAGAGAUUAAUUUUGUGAACUUCUGCAGCUGAACUACCUGUGAUCAGAACGCGCAUGAUGUGAGCCUGGAGAUAUGGACACAAAUUCAGAAAGUGCUACAAAUUCUAAAGAUGGCACAAAGAAAGACGAGAGUAGAUUACAGGAUAGUGCCAAUUCUUCAGGGCAGAGUGUUAAUCAUCACAAUCGCGGCGACAGCACAGAGAGUGCACCUCUGAGACCUCAUACAGGUCGUGAUAUUCGAUGGGAGGCUAUUAACUCCAUUUCAGCUAAAGAACCUCUUGGUCUUAGCCAUUUUCGUCUCUUGAAGAGGCUUGGCUACGGAGACAUUGGGAGCGUCUAUCUUGCUGAACUCAAAGGAACAAAUGCCUUUUUUGCAAUUAAAGUCAUGGACAAGGGCUCUCUUGCAAGCAGAAAUAAGUUGGUUCGAGCUCAAACAGAAAGGGAGAUUCUUGGCCUUUUAGACCAUCCAUUCUUGCCUACUCUAUACUCUUACUUCGAGACUGAUAAGUUCUACUGCUUGGUGAUGGAGUUCUGCAGUGGAGGUAAUCUUCAUUCUCUUCGACAAAAGCAGCCCAAUAAGUACUUUACAGAGGAAGCUGCUCGAUUUUUUGCAGCAGAAGUAUUGUUGGCAAUUGAGUAUCUACAUAUGCUAGGAAUAGUGUACAGAGAUCUCAAACCGGAAAAUGUCCUAGUACGAGAACAAGGCCACAUCAUGUUAUCCGACUUUGAUCUAUCCCUUCGAUGUUCUGUCAAUCCGACCCUUGUCAAGUCCAACACUACCUAUGUAAACAGCGGCAAUGCAAGUGCUGCAGGCAUUCUAGAAAACGAGAACUCAAUGCAUAGUACUACUUCAUCAAGUUUUUUUCCACGCAUACUAGCUUCAAAAAAGAACCGAAAAUCCAAAUCAGAACUUGGCCUAUUCAUGGGAGGAGCCAUGCCAGAGCUAAUGGCUGAGCCAACAGACGUCCGCUCCAUGUCAUUCGUGGGCACUCACGAGUACCUAGCUCCAGAAAUUAUCCGCGGAGAGGGUCAUGGCAGUGCAGUGGACUGGUGGACAUUCGGAAUUUUUUUAUACGAGCUUCUGCACGGAAUUACACCUUUUAAAGGGUCUGGAAACCGUGCCACACUUUUUAACGUAGUAGGACAGCCACUAAAGUUCCCGGAGUCUCCACAAGUGAGCUCUGCAGUUCGUGACCUUAUACGCGGACUCCUCGUAAAGGAACCUCAUAAGAGAAUUGCAUAUAAAAGGGGUGCUACAGAAAUCAAACAGCACCCAUUUUUCGAGGGAACGAACUGGGCUCUGGUGAGGAGUGCGACGCCUCCUCAUGUACCAGCUCCUGUGGACUUUUCUCAGUUUGCUUCCAAAGAGACUCCUCAUAAGGUGCCAGAGGUUAAAAAUGAGAAGAAGAACACAACUGAUCAUUCUUCUCAUACUGAUUUUGAGUGCUUCUAAGCUGCAUUGUCAAUAAUCGAUGCAUUUCAUUUUCGAAAAUGUGAUUUUGAUAUGUUAAAUAUGUAAAUGGCAGCACAUCUAUGUAAUGUGAUUAAGCAUUUGAUUCAACGAGCUUAUGCUAAAUACAAAUUUUCGAGCCU